UGCUGUAAAAAGGAUUUAAAGGAUUUAAAAUAACAGACUUUCCCUGCACCAGAAACUCUUUGGCCUUGUAAAAUUUGCUUGUAAACACAGAUUGUGAAAAAUGUGUAUAUUUGUUCAUAUUUUGGUGCCACACUCUAUAAAGUAACUGGAUAGCUUGAAAUUCUGUAGCAGCUAUUGUUGACCAUAUCUUAUGUCUACAUUAAUCAUUUCAGGUAAUUUAAGGGCCUGCAGCUAGUGCGCAUCAGGACAUCAUGUCAGAGUUCAACCCAUUGGAUAUUGUUUAUAUCUUCAUAGAGGUGCUGAUUGCCCUUGUAUCCAUCCCCGGGAAUAUCCUGGUAAUCUGGGCUGUCAAAGUGAACAAGUCUCUCCGGGAUGCUACCUUCUACUUUAUUGGGUCUCUGGCAGUGGCAGACGCAGCUGUUGGAACAUUUGCAGUUCCUCUGGCCAUCACAAUCUCCCGAGGACCAAGCAUGAAUUUCUACCAGUGCCUGAUGUUGAUCUGUCCUCUCCUCAUCCUCACAGAAAGCUCCAUUUUGGCAUUAUUGGCUAUUGCCGUGGAUCGCUAUCUCCGGGUCAAGAUUCCUAUCCGUUAUAAGAAUGUGAUGACCCCCAGACGUGCAGGGGUUGCUAUUGGCUGCUGCUGGCUGAUCUCCCUCCUUGUGGGCAUGAUUCCGCUAUUUGGAUGGAACGAAAAUGAAAAAGACACCUUCAAUUCUACUUGCAAAUUUGAUAAGGUCAUCAGCAUGAAAUACAUGGUUUAUUUCAAUUUCUUUGGGUGCGUGUUGCCUCCACUGGUCUUUAUGCUCAUCAUCUACAUAGCGGUUUUCAAGAUCAUUCGCAAACAACUCAGCAAAAAGUUUGGAUCCAAUUCAGCAUGCCCAGAAAAAUACUAUGGGAAGGAACUGAAAAUUGCCAAGUCUCUUGCCUUAGUGCUAUUCCUUUUUGCUCUGUGCUGGCUUCCUCUGCACAUUUGCAACUUUGUCGCCCUAUUCACUCCUGAAUUAACAAAGUUACAGAUCUUCACCCCAAUUGCUGUAUGCAUGACUCAUUUGAACUCAGCCAUGAACCCCAUUAUUUAUGCAUUUAGGAUUAAAAAAUUCAGGACCACAUUCCUGCAAAUCUGGAACCAGUAUUUUCAUUGCAAAAUGAACAGGCAUUCAAAUAAUAUUGGUGAUACUGACAUUGCUAUUUAGGAGUUAUGGACUGCAGAAUUUGGGGAUGCAGCCUUCAAACUGUACAGGAUGAUCUACACAUAUUCCUUUCAUUGUCCAUUGCCUCUGAACAGGCAAAGCUCAGAGGCAACCAAGAGUAUUAUUUAUUACUUCUACUAACAAUACUCCACUUGGUAUUCUAUUCUUAAAUUGACAUAUAUUUACCUAUUUAAUGGGGAAAUAUACCAAAAAAAAGCUGUGACAUAUCUUUCAUUCCAAUAAAGAGGAAAUUAAUCUCAGUAGUUUUGUUUUUCCUGUAGGGAUUUGCAAUGUACUGUAAUAAAUGUUGAAAUCCUCAAUAGUUAUAUAAAAUAAUCCAGAGAAAAAAACAAAGAGAAAUAUGGAAGAAAACCUUGUCUUCAAUGGUUGUAAAACAUUGGCACUAUCUAUAUUUAAUAUAGACAAGUAUAAUAGCUAAUGAGUUUAUAUGAGCAAGCAAUUCAUAUCCUCUUAUAUUUAUCAACUUAUUGCCAGUUGCAAGCGUAUUUCAGAUGUCACUAAGUAUUAUGUGACUUUUUCUCUUUUUUUUCUUUCUGCCAUAAAUCUUUACACAUAUAAUACCAGAUUAAUUCAAUACAUCAGCAAAAAUACAAUUGAAUAAUAGACAACAGUAGAAUCUGCCAACUUGAUGAGAUUCAAAAGGCCUUCUGCAGAUCUUAACUCCAUCAAGGAACCAGAGCUGGAAUCUUCUUUGUGGUGGUCCCCUCUUCUGGAGAAGCAUGUCCCUGAAAAUAGGAUUGGCCCAUCAUUUGCUGAUAUCUAUUAAAACUUGAGUUUUCUAGACAAUAUUUGAGGCAAGUAAACUAUGAUGGUCCCGAGUGCAGGCAGUGCCAGUUGACUGUUAAAUCAAAUAUUUACUAUGUCAAAACCAGCAUAAAGAGAACGGGGUACCGUUAUUUAAAGGAAUUAAGUAAUACUACAAAGUUUUUUUAAAAUAAUAUUAAUUAUAAAAUACUAAUAUAUUGUACAUAUAAAAUCCCAAAAGGAGGGAUAAAGCAUUAGAUUGGUGAAGGAGAGUACAUGGUUAAAUAUGGCAAACUAAAUCUAUUAUAGAGCACCUGAUGGAUUUUAAGCACUGCUGUGGGAAACCUGGCACAACAUUGUGUGUUGUAGCAGGUUAGUAUCUGAAAGCAGCAGGGAGGUAUAGAAUUGCCCUGUGUGCCCUGGGAAUUUAUGCAAUAAUAGUGAGAUGAGGCUAGUAGAGGGGUUUCUAUAAUACAGGCACUGGAGGAGUAAAUUCUCUGUUGUUUCUGUGAGUCCAGAAUCACAGGAGCAUCGCCUCUCUGGGUAGGGUAGGGAAUUUUUUUGUAUCCAAUCUCAAAGACAGCUUUCAGGGAGUCUGACAUUGUACUAUGCAAUGUAAAGACCCUCCAAUGAUUAAGCGCUUUGAGAUUAGUUA